AUGCCUAACCAGAACAAGCCAACCCAUACGUAUUUCUCGCCUCUUGAGGAGAUCACUCCACAUAUUCUUAGGUACUGGAAAGCUCGUCAAACUGACAAGAAGAUUGUAGAGAACUUGCGGAACCACUAUGAUACAUCUCGCUAUGGACUAGGGAUCACGAAGUUCAAAGAGAUACACAAUGAAAUGGGUCUUUUGCGUACCCGCAAGCAGAACCACUCAAUUGAUUCCAUCCGUGAAGCCAUGAUUGAGCUCCGCCAGGCAUACCCAAAUGCCAGUGUGCGGGAAAUGGUCAUUUUGCUAUUUCACGAAAAGGAAAUGAACGUGUCGAGGUAA